UCCAUCACCCCUAAUUAACAAGACCUCAUUUAGGGAAGUGUUGGAACUUAGGGGGCUCAGUGUACGAGGUUUUGAUGUCCUUCCCUUUUCAGGGACUAUCUCAACUCGUUUUCUUCUACUCUCAUCUUUCUUGCUGCACCCUUCUGUUCUCUGCAUUAAAUGUUCCAUUUCCCUCGCUGCAAAAUAGUAGAGAGCAAAGCAAGAAAAUACUAGUUUUGGAAAUCCAUUAUCUCUUUUAGCGUUAUGGAACCACUGAUCAUCUUCCUUUAGCUCUCUCAUAUACCCUUUUGAGUCUUUAAAACUCCCUGAUCUGCUCCAACUUCAAGCUUUCUCUGAAACCCCCUAAUGGCCGCCUGCUCCCACCAGUGCAUGUUCCGCCAUGGAAAUCCACACCUAAUCAUAUUCCUCCUCAUUUUCUCAAUUUCAGCCCUAACCCAUUUUAGCUUCUUGGCUCAUGGCAGAGAAAUGCCCAAGCAACUAGAGCAGGAUAGACCCCAGAAAGGAAAUGAAGAAAAUGUGGUGAGGGUGAGGAGUUUGAUAGGGUCAAGGCCACCAAGAUGUGAGAGCAGGUGCAGAAACUGUGGGCACUGUGAAGCAGUCCAAGUCCCCAUUGUUCCAACCUUCAAACACCAACAGACAAGUAGAGGCAGCCAUGGCUUUAAGGAAGUCCCCAAGCAUGUGGCCUAUACAAGAGGGGAUUAUCUCUCCAAUUACAAGCCCAUGUGCUGGAAGUGUAAAUGUGGAGACCUACUUUUCAACCCAUGAUGAACUAGCUAGCUAAGCAGCAAAAGGUCAGAUCAGAUCAGAUCAGAAGAAACCCAGAAUUAUAGUCAGAUCAAAGGGGGGAAGAAGCCUCUCUUUUCUUCUCCCCUUUCCUUUUUGGUGUAUGAAGAUAGAAAGUUUCUUCAAUUUUAGUUGUCUAUAUACUUUUGUGUCAUGUGCAUGAUCUCUCAGUAUAAAAUCCUUGCAGAAUAUAAUGUAGUUCAUGUUACUCCAUCCA